UCCCUUUUCGGGUCGGGCAUAUAUAAAUAUCGGCAGCGACCCUCUUCAAGUUUUUAUUUCUGUGAAACACCUGCUUCCGUUUUUCAAAAAUUUGCCUAUUUAAUAGCGUAUUUUUGCUUGGGGCUAGCGGUGAUUGCUAAUCUGCGCCACUUCUGGGCAUCCUACAGAAGUAUUGAAUUGUUAGGGGUUUUGAUUGAAAGACAGUUGUAUAAUCUUGAAUUGUUGGAAAAGUUGCAGGCUUUGUGUGGGAUGUGAGUGUGUGUUUGGUUGUUGUUUGAUAAAUGGAAUGUGAUGGUGAUGAUUGUGGAUCAAAUAAAGGGGUAGAUAAGGAAAUUGGGCUAGGGUUUGAUGUGAAAUGUGGUGUUGGUGAAAUUAGGGUUGAGAAGAUGGGUGUGGAGGAAUUGGGGAAAAAGAAAAGAUCCGCGGAAGUUAAAGAUGGCGUUGAGUCGGAUGAUGAUGAACCGAUUGGGUCGAUGUUUAAGGUUGUUAAAAGUAGAAAGAAUGCUAAGAAGGUUAAAGUGGAAUGUGAUGGUGGGUUAGGGUUCGAGAAGGUGGAAGUUGAUGGUGGGUUGGAUGAUACAUUGGCUGCUUUUAGAAAGAAGUUGAAGAAAGGGCCUAGGGUUUGUGCACCGAAAGGAGGGGGUUUGGAUACCGUUGUGAAGAAAACAGAGACUGUAGUGAAAGAACCGAAUGUGUGUGAAGAUGGGACCGUUGAGUGUGUCAAGAAGGGGUUAAAAAGUAGUGGUAAAGAGAAAAAGAAAACGUCGGUGAAGAAGUCGUCGGGUGAGAAUUUGACAGAAGAAGAUAAAGAGGGUGGUUUAGAGGUUAAAGGCGGUGAUAAAGAGAAAAAGAAGAGAUCGAAAAGUAAGUCAGCAAAGAAGGCUGUGGGUGAGAAUUUGACACAAAACGAUCUAGAGGAUUCUUUAUCGGCUUUUCUCCUCAAGGCACAAUCUGGUUCGCUUUGGAAAUCUAGAAAAGCGUUGAAACAUAAGCAAGACAAGACAACUCAAGCUUGUCAUGAUGGAUCGGAACAAAAGCCUAAUGAUCCGGCUACAGUUGAGAUUGGAGCAAAUGAAAGAUUUGAUCCUACUGGAAAUGAAGUUAUUAAUGAUGUUUUGAAUCAUUCAUCCUCUGAGAUAACAAAGUCGACCAAUGGUGUCUCCGAGAUUGAAGUUCAAGAAAAAAAGACGGACCCCACCUGCGCUAUCCCUAAGAGUGUGCCAAUUGCAGGGUUCAUAACUAACGCCACCUCACCCGCAGACCAGAAGAAUUCUCCAAUCUUGUUAGUUCACGACGAGAAUAUGAACCAGGGUUCGAUCCCGAACACUGUUGAUGGGGUUGUAUUGGACCAGUUUCAAGUCGGUUCGCGCAGUGACUGUGAUAGUCCAAAGAACGAAAUUGUGUCAGUUUCUUCAUGUAAAGAGAAUGCAUCAACAUCAGAUGGUAGGUUAUCUCCAGUAUCAUUACCCGAAUGUAAUAAAUUCGCAGAUGAAAACGAAGCUUAUGCAAGUGAAAACGGAUCUAUGCCUGAUCCCGAAACAAAAUUCAAUAACAAGUCAGGUGUCAAGCGAAUUAUGAGGCAAGCUAAAAGACAUAGGCACGAUGACAUGGCGUAUGAGGGAGAUGCUUAUUGGGACACAUUGAUUCAUGAACAGAACUUUUAUGUGGAUAAUGAAGAUGGAGAAAAGGUUCAGUCAGUUAAAAUGAAAGGGAAACUAGAUUUCUUGCAAACAUUUGCUAUGGAGGCAGAAAGCAGUGGCGUUGCAGCCGUCUCAGUUGGACUUAAAGCUCGUGCUGCGAGUCCCAUCGAGAAGAUGAAGUUUAAGGAAUUACUUAAACGUAAAGGCGGGCUUCAAGAAUAUAUAGAGUGCAGGAACCAUAUUUUACAUCUUUGGAAUAAGGAUGUAACUCGUAUAUUACCGUUGUCAGAAUGUGGAAUAUCUGAUACCGCUGUCGCAGAUGAACAUCCACAGGCUUCUUUAAUAAGGGAUAUCUACUCAUUUCUGGAUCAAUAUAGUUACAUAAACUUCGGAGUUGCUUCUAAGAAGGAUAUAUCAGACAGCAGUAUAAAGCCCAAUUUUACGCUUUCACGAGAAGAUAACGAUGGUAUAAAAUCGGGAACCCCGGUUACGGAUUUGGAUGAUGGGGUUUCCUUUAUUCUUGGCAGAACUAAAAAUUACGAUAAUUUGAACGAUGAGACCGAUACAGCAACCGAAUGUCCCGACAGUAUUAUUGGAAAAGAUAAGGAUCUUGACGUAUCGGAUCCACAAUGUGGAAGAUUAUCAAACGGUUGUUAUGCUCAAGCAGUGGAUCCGAUUAACCAAAAGGAGCCAACUGUGUGUAUACAGUGUGAUGAUUCAGAUUCAGAAACAAGAAAGAAAAUCAUUGUAAUUGGAGCGGGCCCUGCGGGUUUAACCGCUGCUCGGCACUUGAGUCGUCUAGGGUUUCAUGUAACUGUGUUAGAGGCCCGUGAUAGAGUUGGAGGUCGGGUUUUUACAGAUCAUUCGUCUCUUUCAGUGCCAGUUGAUCUUGGGGCUAGCAUUAUUACAGGUGUUGAGGCUGAUGUCACUUCUCAAAGAAGGCCCGACCCGUCAUCUUUAAUUUGUGCACAGUUGGGCCUUGAAUUGACGGUUUUGAAUAGUGACUGUCCGCUUUAUGAUACUGUAACGGGCCAAAAAGUUCCUCCUGAAUUGGAUGAAGCUGUGGAGGCUGAGUACAAUAGCUUACUUGAUGACAUGCAAUUGGUUGUGGCCCAGAAAGGUGAUCAUGCAAUGCAAAUGUCGCUCGAAGAGGGCUUAGAAUAUGGGCUUAAGAUCCAACGGGCCGGACCCGGAUCCGAUAAUACGGGUACUAAAGAGGAGAUCUUGAGUCCGCUUGAAAGGAGAGUGAUGGAUUGGCAUCUUGCUCAUUUGGAAUACGGUUGUGCUGCUUCACUUCAACACGUAUCACUUCCGUAUUGGAAUCAAGAUGACGUUUACGGAGGAUUUGGUGGAGCCCACUGCAUGAUCAAAGGUGGUUACGGUGCUAUUGUUGAUUCUCUUAAAGACGGUCUUCAUAUCCACCUUAACUGUAUAGUUACGGAUAUUUACCGUCAACAAGAAGAUGAAUCACAAAAGAAAGUCAAAGUUUGUACGCAAAAUGGCAAGAUUUUUACGGGAGAUGCGGUUUUAAUCACGGUCCCCCUCGGAUGUUUAAAAGCAGAAACCAUAAAGUUUUCUCCUUCAUUACCCGAAUGGAAAUAUUCUUCUAUUAAACGACUCGGCUUCGGUGUGCUUAACAAAGUUAUUUUGGAAUUCCCCGAAGUGUUUUGGGAUGAUUCUGUUGAUUACUUCGGAGCUACCGCUGAACAAACGGAUCAAAGGGGUUGGUGUUUUAUGUUUUGGAACGUUAAAAAAACCGUUAACGCGCCUGUUCUUAUAGCAUUAGUGGUCGGGAAAGCAGCAAUCAACGACCAAGAUUUAACCCCGUCUGAUCAUGUAAAUCACGCUUUAGCUGUCCUUCGAAAGCUUUUCGGCAAGACUGCGGUGUGCGAUCCAGUUGCAUCCGUAGUGACAGACUGGGGACGGGAUCCGUUUAGCUACGGUGCUUACUCGUACGUUGCAGUUGGGGCAUCUGGUGAAGAUUACGAUACAUUGGGCCGGCCCGUUGACAAUUGUUUAUUCUUUGCGGGUGAAGCUACGUGUAAGGAACACCCAGAUACUGUCGGUGGGGCGAUGAUGAGCGGGUUACGGGAAGCUGUUCGUAUAGUUGAUAUUCUAACUACAGGAAACGAUUUUACCGCAGAAGUAGAAGCAAUCGCUGCUGCCAAGAGGCAUUCGAACAGUGAAAGGAGUGAAGUUAGAGAUAUAAUUAAACGACUUGACGCUAUUGAGCUCACCGAUGCGCAUAAGAACUCUUUGUUGCAAAAUAUGUUUUGUAACACAAAGAGUAGAGCCGCGCGGUUGCAUCUCGCUAAAGAGUUAUUGAAUCUCCCGUCUAACGUUCUUAAAUCGUUUGCUGGAACUAAAGAAGGGCUCGCCAUUCUCAACUCAUGGAUACUGGAUUCAAUGGGGAAGAACGGGACUCAACUGUUGCGUCAGUGUGUUCGUCUUCUUGUGCUUGUAUCUACCGAUCUACUUGCAGUCCGUCUUUCAGGUAUUGGGAAAACGGUGAAAGAAAAGGUUUGUGUGCAUACAAGCCGAGAUAUACGCGCUAUAGCAAGCCAGCUUGUUAGUGUGUGGGUUGAGAUUUUUAGAAAAGAGAAGGCUUCGAAUGGCGGUUUGAAGUUGUUACGGCAAUCGGGUGCUGCAGAUGCUUCUAGAAGCAAAUCUCAUUCAGCUUCUGGGAAACCGCCAUUGCGGGCCCAUCAUAAAGUUGUAACGAAGCCUGAAAAUAAACCAUCUAGUUCUCAAGGUUCAGCAGGAAAACAAAACUGCAAGGAAGAAGACGACAAAGAUUUACCCAUGACUGAAGAAGAACAAGCUGCGUUUGAUGCUGCAGAAGCGGCCCGUGCUGCUGCUAUAGCAGCUGCUGAGGCAUAUGCAUCAUCAGGUGUCAAAAGCAGCACACCCGUGCACCUUCCAAAGAUACCAUCUUUUAACAAGUUCGCACGACGGGAACAAUAUGCACAAAUGGAUGAAUCUGAGUUGCGAAAGAAAUGGGCCGGUGGCGUUACAGGUCGUCAAGAGUGCAUAUCAGAAAUAAAGUCUAGAAACUGUAGAGUGCAGGAUUGGUCAGUUGACUUUUCCGCUGCAGGGGUCAACCUCGAGAAUUCGAAAAUGUUGGUGGAUGACCAUAACCGGUCACAACGGAGCCACUCAAAUGAAAACGCAGGGCCACUAGGUUACAGAGAGCACUCUGGUGAACAUGAAAGUACAGGUGGCGACAACAUAUUUACGAAAGCAUGGGUUGAUAGCACUGGUAGUGAAGGGAUAAAAGACCAUAGUGCCAUUGAAAGAUGGCAAUCUCAAGCCGCUGCUGCUGAUUUUGAUUUCUAUAAUAGGAGUAUGCAUGCGAUGAAUGAAGAGGAGUCGAAUAAGAAUUUAAAACCAUUAGUUCACAGGCAUGACGGGUUGGCUAAUGACAGCUCAGCUUCUCAAGUUACUGUGAACCGAGAGUUGAUGGGUAACCAACCUCGCGGUGUGGACAAAAUUAAACAAUCGGUUGUUGAUUAUGUGGCGUCUCUUCUUAUGCCUCUUUAUAAGACGAGAAAAAUAGACAAAGAGAGUUACAAGUCGAUAAUGAAGAAAACAGCCACAAAGGUCAUGGUGCAUAUUACAGAUGCAGAGAAAGCGAUGCCUGUAUUUGAGUUUCUUGAUAAUAAACGCAAAAACAAGAUUCGAACAUUUGUGGACGACUUAAUUGAGAGGUAUAUGGCUAUGAAGACUGAUGCAAAAUCAGCAGGCUCCUGAAGAUCAGUCUUUAUGUUGAUUCAAUUGCUUUUUUGCUUUCAAAAACUAAAAAAAAAAAGUAAAGAAAAGUACACAAGAGAUAUGUUUUAUGUAAGGAUCAUGGAGUUAGAGAUAUGCUUACAGACAACAUCAAUUAUUGAAAUUACUUUAGUUUUGAUAUGGUUUUUUUUUUUUUUUUUUUUUUUUUUUUUUUUUUUGCAUUUGAAAACUGUAAUUUAGUUAGGAACUGAAAUACCCAUUUCUGUCAUUACAGAAGCAGUAGGAGAAAUUUUCCCCAUAUCUUUCAUGAAAUCUGUACAUGUUAGGGUUGACUUUGUUGCAAAAAGAUUAUACAAGACAAUUUUCUUUGAAAACAAA